AACUGCAGGCGCGGGCGGCGGCGGGAGUCGCCGAGCCGCGGGGGCCCGAGCGCCGAGAGCAAAGGCGGAGACGACGGAGCCUCCGCGCAGAGCCGCGCCGCGCCGGGCCGCAGCCGCCAGCCACAGCCGAAGCCGUCCUCCCUCCUCCCGCUAGGGCCGAAGCUCCGCGGCGCCGGAGACCAGCCGGCCCACCGGGGCCCGGGAACCGCCCGCCAUGGCCACCAAGGCGCGGGUUAUGUAUGAUUUUGCUGCUGAACCUGGAAACAAUGAGCUGACAGUUAAUGAAGGGGAAAUCAUCACCAUUACAAACCCGAAUGUUGGUGGUGGAUGGCUGGAAGGACGAAACAACAAAGGAGAACAAGGGCUUGUUCCCACAGACUAUGUGGAGAUUUUACCCAAUGAUGGAAAAGAUCAGUUUUCUUGUGGAAAUUCCGUGGCGGACCAAGCCUUCCUCGAUUCCCUCUCAGCAAGCACUGCUCAAGCCAACUCCUCUUCUGCCAACAGCAAUAACCAGGUGAAUAUUUUGACUCAGAUUGGUUGUGUUGAAAGUCUCAGCCAAUCGCCUCCUUCUUCUCCUUCUCCUUCUUCUUCCAUAAAUAAGGUUGGUGGUGGCAAUGACCCUUGGUCAGCCUGGAAUGCCCCCAAAUCUGGGAACUGGGACGGCUCAGAUGCCUGGGGCAGCAGGACAGACGGACCUGGCGCUCAGAGACACAGCACUAACAACUGGGACACUGCCUUCGGCCACCCACAGGCCUACCAAGGACCAGCAACUGGUGAUGAUGAUGAAUGGGAUGAAGAAUGGGAUGACCCCAAGUCCUCAUCUUCUUACUUUAAGGACUCGGAAUCAGCUGAAGCAGGGGGUAUCCAGCGAGGAAACAGCCGUCCAGGUGCCUCGUCCAUGAAGCUGCCCCUUAACAAGUUUCCUGGAUUUGCAAAGCCUGGCAUGGAACAGUACUUGUUGGCCAAGCAGCUAGCAAAGCCCAAAGAGAAAAUCCCCAUCAUUGUUGGAGAUUAUGGCCCAAUGUGGGUUUAUCCUACCUCUACUUUCGACUGCGUGGUAGCAGAUCCCCGGAAAGGUUCCAAAAUGUACGGUCUGAAGAGCUACAUUGAGUACCAGCUAACCCCCACCAACACUAAUCGAUCUGUAAACCACAGAUAUAAGCACUUUGACUGGCUGUAUGAGCGUCUCCUAGUCAAGUUUGGGUCUGCCAUUCCGAUCCCUUCUCUUCCAGACAAGCAGGUGACAGGUCGCUUUGAGGAGGAAUUUAUCAAGAUGCGCAUGGAGCGGCUCCAGGCCUGGAUGACGAGGAUGUGCCGGCACCCGGUGGUGUCGGAGAGUGAAGUUUUCCAACAGUUCCUGAACUUCCGGGAUGAGAAGGAAUGGAAAACUGGAAAGAGGAAGGCUGAGAAAGAUGAGCUGGUGGGAGUCAUGAUAUUCUCCACAAUGGAACCGGAGGCGCCUGACUUGGACUUGACGGAAAUAGAACAGAAGUGUGAUGCUGUGGGCAAGUUCACCAAGGCCAUGGAUGAUGGUGUGAAGGAGCUGCUCACGGUGGGCCAGGAGCACUGGAAACGCUGCACGGGCCCCUUACCCAAGGAGUAUCAGAAGAUCGGGAAGGCUUUGCAGAGUCUAGCAACAGUGUUUAGCUCCAGCGGUUACCAAGGUGAGACAGAUCUGAACGAUGCGAUAACAGAAGCCGGGAAGACGUAUGAGGAGAUCGCCAGCCUGGUGGCCGAGCAGCCAAAGAAGGACCUCCACUUCCUGAUGGAGUGCAACCACGAAUACAAAGGCUUUCUUGGCUGCUUCCCGGACAUCAUUGGUGCUCACAAGGGAGCAAUAGAAAAAGUGAAAGAAAGUGAUAAGCUGGUUGCAACCAGUAAAAUCACCCCCCAAGACAAGCAGACGAUGGUGAAGCGAGUCGGCACCAUGUCUUAUGCUUUACAAGCUGAGAUGAACCACUUCCACAGUAACCGGAUCUACGACUACAACAGCGUCAUCCGUCUCUACCUGGAGCAGCAAGUGCAGUUCUAUGAAACAAUCGCAGAAAAGCUGAGGCAGGCCCUCGGCCGCUUCCCGGUUAUGUAGACCAGGACCGAACACAGCCGAACUCCGAAGUGCUUCUUUCUGACCUGGGGCAAUGCAAUUCAAUUUAUUUCCCUAUUAUAAGAGACAGAGAAAGGAAGGAAGAAAACCAAAAAGAAAUAAGUUGACAAAAACCUGUUUCUGUCAUUAGCCAGCCCAAGUGAAUAGUUACUUAGGGACGGCCUUCUUUGGUUCAUUUUGACACGUUAGUUACCCAGUGGGAAAUGUCUAUUUUUGGAAAAUACUUAAAUUUAUCAAGAUUUUGAAUGGAGAAAUAGGGGUUCCUCCUCCUGGUAUUUUACAUAGAAUCGUAAUUUAUACAUUACCCAUGAUCUUCCAGUUCUUACCCAAUGUCAAAUAAUUAAUACUAAUUGCUUUCUUAAAAAUAUGAGAUAUGCCAGAAUAAAAAUAUAUCUUUGUAUAUUUUUAUAACUCU